UUGAUUCCCAACGAACUCGAUUAAGAACAAUAGCUCGUGACUAUAUUUUCAGUAGAUAAGGCAGGUUGCUCAUAAACUGGUUUGUGCUUUUUGACUUUGAGGGAUCUGUAAUGUAGCAAAGCAGCAAGUAAAAGCCUAGUGUAAAAAUGUAAACAAUGGUCCUCAGGUCUACUGCUCUACUUUCACAGGGUCAUGCAAGGCGCAAAGAAAGAUAGGCUACAUACACUGAUAUACCACUGCUAUACCAAUAUAACACAUUUAUAUUGGUUCAUGCUUGCAAAUUAACUUGACUGUUGUUGCCUGAGAAGCUUUAGUGAAUACACAGUCAGCCAGUUUGUAAGCAGCACUGAUGAAGCCAAAGAAGCAGAAAGCCUGGCAUUGAAGGAUAAGGCCUUACCACUGCCUGGGAACAGUAGAUAAAUCAAUGCUAGCAUUGUGACACUCCUACGGUUUGCCUGGCCUGAUAUCUCACCAUAUGUAGCCCACUGUGUGGUCUCUCUGCAUUAGAAUAAAAAAAGAGAAGAAUGUUAUCUGUCCUGACAAAUUCCCAUGCUAAUGUUUAAAGAUAUUCAUUGAGAAGGAAUCGUAGCAUAGCAAUGAUGUAUUCCACUGUUGUUUUGUCUGCACAGUGGAGCUGGGAGUCUGGUUAUGUUAUAUAUCUUAUCUCUAAACAUAUUUAUGUCCUUGUGAAAGGCCCUGCUGUGGUUGAUCAAUGUUUAUGCACUUAACUGAAUAAGAUGUGCGCUGUUUAACGCAUUUGUUUACGUGUGUACUUGAAAGCAUACAGCAUUAAUCAACUGUUUUCAAAACUCAACCACACUAAAACAAGGCUGUUAUGAUCUUUACAACAUAGCAGAUGCUCAUUUACGACAUAGUAAGAUAGCAAUGUUUUGUUUAUCACUCUCAGCUAUGUAACAUCAAGUACUGUGCUCGACCCAAAGAGCAGGCAUAUUUGAAGAGAGACAGCGAAAACAGACCUCUCAACCAAAACAGCACAUUUACAUCCAGAUUGUUGUCUCCACUGUCAGCCACACAGCCUCUGCUCUCAUCAGUAUUCUGAAUAUAAUAAUGGUAAUUUGAUUUGAGUUCAGCCUCGCUCGUAUAGGCGGGUGGGUGUGUGGAACAUGAGAUUAGUCUCUGUGCACGUCUGUAGUACGGGCUAAUUAGAGCCGGGCGGGGGGAGUUUCUAUCAGAUGACCUUUGGGUCUAGGCCGCUUUCGAGGCCUCGUCUCUGGGUCUUUGUUCUCCUGCAUCUCCCCUUCUGUGUUCCUCCCUCCAGCAGCCCUGACGGAGGUGGACCCACAUUUUGACUGUCCUCAAGUAGUGCAUACAACGUGUAGCAACAGGGGUAUAGCCAAUUGCACCCCUUGUCAAAGAAAGGGAAGCGAUGUAAACAAGGACGGAGAGAAUGCAUUGGAGUGCGGGAGCGCAUUCCUUUGCCGAGGCGAGACCAAGACGUAAAUGUGGAAAUCAUUACAGUCGAGGCGGGAGAGAUUUCCACCCGAGCUGCUAUCCUUCUCCGUUUGCCCAGUCUACCCAUAAUGCAUAUAAGCGCUGACCCAAUCUGCACCACGAUGUUUUACUGAGGGACUGUGUUUUAUGGCUUUAAGCAGCACUGAACAGACACCAUGGCCCCUCUUGUCAAAACACUUCAGCGGAGAGCUACGAUGCGUGCAGGGCAGCAUAGACGCCGAGGCCAGGUAGCUGGACGUGUCUCCUGCAAGACCUCCAGACCACCUGACCUGAGGGCAGAUUCACACCCCGCUCAGCCUUCUCCGAUGGGCUGUAGCUGCACACAGGACCUGGAUGCAGGCGCCCCCUUCGGUUAGAAAGGACUGCAUACACCAAUGGGAUAACCACGAAACCCGACACUAACUUGUGAGGAACGCUUUCUUCAGACUAAAGACCAGAAGAUGGAGGAUACCUUUAAGGACGAAGUUUCCCCGCCCGUGUCCAGCUCCCAGACCGACGCGUGUGACCGUGAAGCGGGAGGAGGGAACGUGAUCGGCAAGUUGGAGAACGACAUCAACGCGGCCAUCCCUGCGGACCCCUGGGACAUCAGUGGACAGGGCCUGACGAAGGCGGGGCUCGCCCCCUUGGUCGACGCUUCGGGCCCCCCGGCGCUGAACCCAGCCUCGGAGGCCCCGGGGGCCGUGGCUCUGAAGGUGGCUACGGCUGUCCUGCAGCCUCUUUGCCUGGGGGAGAGCCCUGUGAUGCUGCCCAUCCACCUCCAGAUGGCUGGGUCUGCUGCGCCUCAGGUUGGCCAGAUGGGGGCAGCGCCCUACUUCAUGACUAACCAAGGGCCGAUGUCUCUGCCCCUGGUCCUGGAACAGCAGCUCUUCCAGCACCUGGGUCCCUCCGUGAUCCCCCAGGGAGGCCCCUGCCAAGCCAUCCCCCUGCAGAACAACAUCGUGUGUCAGAACGCCUCUCUGACGUUUGCGCCUCCCCCCCCAGCGCUGGAGCAGAAGCCCGGGCAGGCCCUGGACUCAGGCCUGCUCUCUCUCCUCCAGAACCCGGCCUUCGCCGCCAUUCUUCAGGACCUCUUCCCCACGGCGGGGAACUCCACUACCUGUCAGUCACCAGGAUCAGUCCAGUCGGACCCUUUUGCCUCUGCCUUUCUCUCACCCCCUCCUCUCCCACAUCCCUACAGCUCUCCCCUGGCACCGCUGGUCCCUCCAGCCACCCUCCUGGUCCCCUAUCCCGUGGUCAUCCCCCUCCCUGUGCCUUUGCCCAUUCCUCUGCCCAUCCCCAUCCCCGUCCCUCAGAGCGAGGACUCCAAGGGGAACCUGCCGAAAGCAGCUUGCACUGUGAGUAAAAGCACCCAGACGUACUCUACCUCUCCCCCUCCGUCGCCCGGGAGCUUCAUGUCGUCCGGUCAGCUGCGACAUGCCUCCUCGUCCGCUCUCCUGUUGGCCGAGGGAGAAGUGUUGGACCUGUCAAUCAAAUCCUGUCCCAUAGAGCCCAAGCAGGAAAUGCCCUCCCCGCAGGAGAACGUGCUCGACCUAUCCGUGGCUGGCGUACGGAGGACCUGCAUCCAGUCCUGCGGCUCCGGUGGUUCCCUGAAGGGGGAGAGAGAUUGGCCGUGCCUGUCUGGUCAGAAGGCACACCCAGGGGCCCUAUCUCUGGGUGUGCUACGGCCCCUGGAGUGCACCCAGAGGCUGGACUCCAAGCUUCUGAGCGGCCUGGCCUCUCUGGAGUUCAGCCGGCAGCACAAGUGGGUCGUGGACAGCAGUGGCGGGGGCAGCUCCCUGGGCCGGGAGGCCUCUCUCAGCGGGGCGGGUAACCUCGAGAUAGUCAGCACCUCGCAGACCGCCAAGGUCAUCGUGUCGGUGAAGGACGCCAUCCCCGCCAUCCUCUGCGGGAAAAUCAAGAGCCUCUCGGGGGUGUCCACCAAGAACUUCUCCAUCAAGCGAGACGGCCCCCAGGGGGCGGCCCUCCAGCAGCUCUACGGAGCCCCAUCCCGGGGCCAGGGGGAGCAGCGAGACCCCAACGACCCCCUGAAGAAGGUCCCUAAAAACCGAGCCAUCAAACUGAAGAAGGUCAGCUCGCAGGAGAUUCACAUUCUUCCCAUCAAGAAGCAGCGCCUCGCUGCGUUCCUCCCCAGGAAGUGAGAGUGAUCGAGAGGGAGUGAGGGGGGGUGGGGGGUGGUUAACCUCUUGCGUCCUCCCAGCCAGCACCAAACACCACAAUAGAAACCACGUGCAGUCUGAAAUAGUUUCUAAUGGAAGGCAUGGAAGAUUUAAGGUACAGCAUGAUGCAGGAGCAUUGUUUAAAAAGGUAGCCGCGGCAUAUUUAUGAACACCUGUACCUUUUUGCGAAUUUUAUUUUAUGAGAUUAACUCUUUCUGGGGAUCGAACGGGAAUGAGCUGUCCAUAUGACACUGGUGGAACACUGCUCUCUGACCAUGAACUCUGGACUACCAGUGGUUUCAAUCUUCUGGGUUUAUGGUUGGUUUUCACUUGUUUUAAUACCUAUGUGAGCAGACUAUAGGCCAUGAAACCGGAUUCUCUGAGGUCUUCAGGUUACAUUAUUAGAGUGGAGCUGUAUAUAAUGUCAGAGGCUGUCUGUGGCUGUUUAAACCUGUCCCAUCCUUGAAAAUGGCUAUAUUCAUCAGUAGCCCAGUGAAGCGAAGCGUCUUCUUUGAUGAGGAGGGGGUUAGCAUGGCAGGCUGAUAAUGACUUGGCUGGGUUCAGCCUCCACUUUCAUUAACUUUAAUGAAUGUCGGAAACGGCUGUCAGAGGCAACAAAGCACAGUUUUCAUCAUUUUGUUUCAUGGGUGGAAAAAAAAGGGUUCUAACUCUUAGACUUUUUGUACACUCUUCAUGUUGAAAUGAUCAAAUCAUUGUCAAAAGAGUAACAAAUCAGAUGUAAACGGUUACAGGAAGUAACUGUUUAUGUGUUUAAAUGAUCUCUUUUUUAAUUUACAGUACAGCCAUGUUGUUAAACAUGUAGCAUCCAAUUUUAGGGCAAAGCUA